AUGGCGGAAGGAACUCGCAUGAAGGACAUGGAGACACGGCUCCAGCAGCUGGGAGCGGCAGUGACCGAAAUCCAAAAUAGAAUGGAUAGGACAGAGUUGGAAGCUAACAGAAACCAUGAGGCAGUGAUUGCCAUGGACCGAAGGAUGGAAGACUCCAUGGAAGGGCUUGAAAGGAGAUUAGAAGGGUUAGCUCUAGACUUUCCACCUAGAGGAGAGAAUGAACCUCUCUUGCAAAGGGUUAUGAUUAACCCGGAAGAAAGAGGUCGGGAAGAGUUAGAAAUAAUAGGAGGAGAAGAGCAGAACCAUCACCCUCCAGGAUUUCCUAUGCCUCGGAUGGAAAUCCCGGUAUUCGAAGGGAUACAUCCUCGGUGGUGGCUGAGAAAGUGCGAGCGAUUGUUCGAAUGGUAUAACGUCCCCAGAAUGCAGAGGGUGGGCCUAGCCGUUGCAUACUUCAAUGAGGUGGUAGACGCAUGGUUCCAGGGGUGCUUGAGUCUAAGGAGAGAAUACACCUGGGAGGAAUUCUCUGAAAGGUUAUGUGAACGCUUUGGAGAGAGAAGUGUGGUGGACACCAUUGAAGAAUUCAAUAAGCUACGGCAAACCGGGAGUGUGGGAUCCUACCUCAAGAAGUUCGAGGAGCUUAGAUCAUACAUGGUUAGUCAUAACCAUCACCUCUCAGAAGCUUAUUUUGUAUCAAGCUUCAUGAGUGGGCUGAGCGAAGAACUCAGACCAAUGGUUAAGAUGAUGAAGCCGCGGACAGUUGAACAAGCUUCAAAAAGUGCUCGUUUACAAGAAAUGAUGGUGGAGGCCUUGAUCAAGAAGCAAAGGCAACUGCCCAGAGGAGCUAACACCGGGACAACUGGUAUGGGGACAAAAGGAUGCGGGGAUAGAUAUCACCCGGGCCAUCAGUGCAAGAGGCAGAUCUUACUAUUGGAAGGAGAGGAAGAAGGGGAGCAGGACAAAGCCAAAGAAGGAGUGGAAGGGGGUGAUGAAGAGGAUAAUGGAGAGAUCUCCCUACAUGCCUUAAAGGGAGUGGCCGACAACAAGAUCAUCAAGGUGGGAGGUCAAGUUAAAGACUGCAAUCUCAUGAUUUUAAUUGAUAGCAGAAGCACUCAUAGCUUCCUCGAUGAAAGCAUGGCUGAGAAGUUGAAAUGCCCACUCACGGGAACCAUUCCCCUGAGCGUGACAGUUGCCAACGGCCAGAGGGUGCUAAGUAAUUUCACCUGCAAGGGCUUCUGCUGGGAGAUGCAGGGAGAGAAGUUUGAGACAGACCUGAAGUUGCUUCAACUAGGAGGGUGCCAUGUGGUUUUAGGAGUGGACUGGAUGAAGGGGGUGAGCCCCAUCAGCUUCGAUUUCAAUAGAAUGGAGGUGUCAUUUGAAAAAGAUGGUAGAAGGAUGACACUGACCGAGAAGAGCGAGAUGGGGGCCUGUAAGAUGAUAUCGGGAAGGAGGCUGCAAAGAGUGUUGAAGAGUAAGUGGAGUCAGAUAGCCCACCUUUUCUCAGUGGUAGCAGCCGAAGGGGAUCACACAGAAGCUGCGACACAAGGGGAGAUGGGGUUGACAAUAAGCACACCCCAGGGAAUGCAAAACCAAGUAUGUCACUCGGAUGCCCUUAAUAAACUGUUGGUGGAUUACAAGGAUCUUCUUAGGGAACCAAAAACUUUACCCCCUACCCGAAUGUUUGACCAUAACAUUAAUCUUAAACCUGGUGCCGAACCUAUCAAUAUUAGAGCAUACCGAUACCCUCCCAACCAAAAGAACGAAAUUGAAAAAAUGGUGAGAACCAUGCUGGAACAAUCCCUCAUUAGACCCAGCCAAAGCCCAUUUGCUUCUCCUGUCCUCCUAGUCAAAAAGAAGGAUGGAACAUGGAGAUUUUGUGUCGAUUAUCGGCAACUAAAUGCCAUGACUAUUAAAGAUAAAUUUCCUAUACCCUUAGUGGAGGACCUAUUAAACAAACUUAACCAUGCCAAAUUCUUUUCUAAACUAGAUCUAAGGGCCGGAUACCAUCAAAUUAGGAUGAAGAUUGAAGAUAUCCCAAAAACAGCCUUCAAAACCCAUCAUGGCCACUUUGAGUUCCUAGUGAUGCCCUUCGGGCUCACAAAUGCCCCGGCGACCUUCCAAUCCCUCAUGAACAGAAUUUUUGAACCCUAUCUCCGCAAGUUUAUAUUGGUUUUCUUUGAUGACAUACUUGUUUACAGCCCUACAUUCGACCAACACCUAGCCCACCUCAAAAUCACCCUUGAAAUCCUAAGAACCCACCAGCUUUUUAUUAAGGAAUCCAAAUGUGCUUUUGCCCAAAGACAGGUGGAAUAUCUCGGUCACCUCAUAUCAGAUGGCGAGGUUAGUACCGAUCCCAGGAAGGUGGAAGCGAUGUUGUCUUGGCCAAGGCCCACAUCCCUGAAGGCUUUGAGGGGAUUCUUAGGGCUGACCGGGUAUUAUCGAAGGUUUGUGCAAAACUACGGAAUUAUCAGCAAGCCACUGACCAACUUACUGAAGAAGGGAGGAUUCAAUAGGGGGCAGGAGGCAGAGGAAGCAUUCGAGAACCUGAAAGGAGCUAUGAGUAGAGUACCGGUGUUGGGCCUCCCAGAUUUUGACAAGCCUUUCACUCUAGAAACAGAUGCGAGUGGAACCGGGGUAGGGGCAGUGCUGGCUCAAGAGGGAAGACCCCUAGCCUUCCUGAGCCAAGUAUUGAGUCCAAAACACUUAGGACUCAGCAUUUAUGAAAAGGAACUUCUGGCUGUGCUCAUGGCGGUAGACCGUUGGAGGCACUACUUGGAGGGCAACAAGUUCAUCAUAAAAACGGACCACGAGAGCUUAAAAUUCCUACUGCAACAGAAGCUCUAAACGCAACUACAGAAGAAGGGAAUGACCAAAUUAAUGGGUCUGGAUUACAGAAUUCAAUACCGGAAGGGAAAAGAAAACA